UGUCCUUUCUCAGGCCCAUCGCAGUGGGUACAGUACUACACAUCCUAGCUCAUUUGUACUGCCGUGUUCAACCACUAUAACGACGGCAAUGGGUGGCGCGUAGCCACCAUUCCCAUUGUCUCAUCCUCAUGAAAUUCAAACAUGUCUCCAUAAAAAAUUCCCUAAAUUCUCAUUUCAGAAACACAUUCCUGUAUAGAAGAAACCUAAAUUCCAUGGCCACUACUCAAACCCUAAUAAAUCCCUCCACUAACGACAAAGUCAACGAUGACGACGACCGUCUCUGCUCCGCUCCCACCACAUGGUACGGACAAUCUCUUCACCUUAACACCAACACCCCACUCAGGCCAACUGAACAGGAAGGAGAGCGGCAGCCAAUUGCACUGAAUCGUGCGAAUGGUUACUUGACGGGGGAAGCAAGGAUUGAGAGAGCGUGGGCUCAUUGGAAGAAGAUAGGAGAGCCGAAACAUAUUGUUGCACCCAUGGUUGAUAACUCGGAGCUGCCUUUUCGUAUGCUGUGUAGGAAGUAUGGUGCUGAAGGUGCUUAUACACCUAUGCUUCACUCGCGUAUCUUCUCUGAAAAUGACAAGUAUCGCUCUCUUGAAUUUACCACCUGCAAGGAGGACCGUCCACUUUUUGUUCAAUUCUGCGCAAAUGAUCCAGACAUUUUGCUAGAAGCAGCUCGUAGAGUAGAGCCUUAUUGUGACUAUGUGGAUAUCAACUUGGGGUGUCCCCAACGCAUUGCAAGAAGAGGGAAUUACGGAGCAUUCCUCAUGGAUAAUCUGCCCCUUGUCAAGUCUCUGGUAGAAACGUUGGCUAACAAUCUUGAUGUUCCCGUGUCAUGCAAAAUCCGCGUUUUUCCUCAUUUGCAAGAUACACUUCGUUAUGCAAAGAUGUUGGAGGAUGCUGGUUGUUCUCUUUUAGCAGUGCAUGGCCGAACAAGGGACGAAAAAGAUGGAAAGAAAUUCAGAGCCAAUUGGGAAGCCGUCAAGGCUGUUAGAGACGUCGUUAGUAUUCCUGUCCUAGCUAAUGGUGAUAUACGACACAUGGAUGAUGUACAGAAUUGCUUGGAAAAGACUGGUGCUGAUGGGGUGCUUUCGGCAGAGUCUCUUCUUGAGAAUCCAGCUUUGUUUGCAGGAUAUCGGACUGCUGAAUGGGGAUCGAGCACUGCAGGAAUCAAGGAAGAUGGUAAGCUAGACCAGGCUGAGUUACUCGUAGAUUAUUUGAAGUUGUGUGAGAAAUAUCCAGUGCCAUGGAGAAUGAUCCGUUCUCAUGUGCACAAGAUGUUAGGAGAGUGGUUUAGAAUCCAGCCAACCGUUAGAGAGGAUUUCAACCAACAAUCCAAACUCACCUUUGAAUUCCUUUAUGACUUGGUAAACCGAUUAAGGGAACUUGGAGUGAGCGUACCACUUUAUGUGAAGGAGACUCGGGAGGAAGCGGUAUCUUCAAAUGGACAUGCAGCAUAAAUUAUCCUUCUGUAAGUUGACACCUCUUAGUUAAACAAUCAACAAUAGAUUGUCAUUCUUUACUGCAGAUUGAUUGCAGUUAUACAAAAACUAGACUAGAGACUGUUUUCCUCACUAGGAUUGGCCAAAACAGAUGCAGGUUUAAAAUUAUCAAAACCUUUUUCCCUCAAUUUUUGUGUGAUUGUACUGGAUAUUUUGUUGUAUUAUAUGAGGACAUAACUUGACCUCGCUGAUUAUUGUAUUUUUAAAGUUUACUCUAAACUGGUUCUGCAUG